UUUCUCGUACAGUCUAUGAGGUCUUUCCGGGGAUUUUUCAUUGUCAUACAACGAUUUCUCUUCCUUUAUAGUUAUUCAAUAUGCUGUCGCAUAGUAAUUCCUUUUCUCAUGUGGCGCUUUCUAUUCACUUUUCAUGUGGUAACUUGAAACUUCGUCCUAAACAUGCAACAAAUCAAGCCAAGUAUAUUCCCCAGUAUUCAGAUUUCAGGUCUCCCAAUAAUGAUUAAAUAUUUAUAGCUUACUUGACAUACGUCAUAUACUUUUAUUGAAAAGUAUUUAUUUCAUAAAGAGUUGCUUUAUUUGUUAAUCGCAAACCCUGCAGAGAAAUCCUUAAGUCACGAAUACGAAUCAAGAAUACACAGUUAAGUUGACUGAGUUUAUACUUCCUCUGAAGUACUAUCCUCUCGAGUUGAAUUUGGUCGUAUUUUAUUUCGAUAGAACUAGUUCACUAAUGGAAAACUUUACGAGUUCAAGUGUUAAAGAAGACAAGAAAGAUGAAAUAGUCUGUUAUGGAGUGGCUUGGUCGAAAGGUGAAAGUUUGAAUAUAAAAGAAAGACUUGAAGGUAAAAAGUUUCAAAACACGGAUCAAGAAGACAAGUUGGGAAGUACUUCCCUUCCAAAGAUAAGUUCAUUUGACGCUAAGGAAUUGAAAAUAGAGAUAGUUUCAAAUUCACAAAGCAUGGCUACCGAAAAAGACGAAUUUGAAUCAAAAAGAUCGCCAGGAAAACUUCGACCAAUUAUAAAAGAAGUCGAAAGAUUGGAGAUGCUGAAAGAAGCACUUGAAGACAAGGUUCAAGAACUAAAAGAAAAACUUGCUGAAGGUAGACACGCCAAGAAGAAAAGGGAGUCUUACUCAAUGCAGAUUAAAAACACGGAAAAGAAGAUUGAAAUGUUAGGAAAAAGAAUUGCAUACGAAAAGGAAACUUCAAGCCUCCCGUUAAACCGUUGGAAGAGCGUGAAAACACUCACUAAGGCUUCAAAAAGUUUAUAUAUGAAUUGCAUGGGAAGUGAAGAAGUACUAGCACGAAAAAUGAGAGCCAAAAUGGUUUUGAGAGAAGGGAAAGAAGUCGAAGAUUUAAGUCAAAAAACUUUGGAGAAGAAGGAAAAGAUUUCAAAUAAAUGGGAAAGCCGCUGGAAGGAGCUCGUACUCGAGCAAGAAUCAGAUGAAGAAAUGGAGAUCUCUGGAUUUGUUUUUAAAAAGCCUAAGCGAACAACUGGUUUUUACCCGCCAAUUCCAGACCCAAUGGCGAAAAAAAGGCCGAAAGAUUUAAUGCGAAUGAAAGAGUCUGGCGACUAUAAAAACAGUUCUGGGAGAAUACGACUCGUGCCAAACAGAAAACGAGUGUUGAUGAAGCGAGCCAAGAUGUAUGAAAAACAGCUCGAGUUCGCGAAAAAAUAUGACCUCGAGACAGAGGAUAUUAUUGCUAAUCUAAAUAGUCAUAAGCAAGAACUUUCUGAUGGGGAACUAGCUCCAUCUGUUACCAAGCAACAGUUGCAUCUUAUUGGAGCUUUAUCUGAGGAUCACGUAUCUCCAUGACAACGGGGUACUACCACGAUAUCAAGAACUUCUCGAAGUCAGAGCCGUAACUAGGGGGGAGCACA